AUGUCUGGUAGCAGUACGUCAGCCGGAGAUGUCAUAUUAUCUAAAGCCUUUGUUGUGCGUGAAAUAAAUGGUCAAUUUCAAUUGUGGGAUUUACCUCGACGUCCUAUAAAUCCUGACGAUGUUCUCAUUCGAAUUUUAUAUUGCGGUAUGUGUCAUGGUGAUAUCCAUGCGGUGAAAAAUGAAUGGAAGAAUAGCAAGUAUCCAAUGGUACCCGGCCAUGAAAUAGUAGGUAUUGUUGAAAAAGUAGGUGAUCAAGUAACUAAAGUCAAGCAAGGUGAUCAUGUUGGAGUCGGAUUCAUUGUUAAUUCCUGUCGUCAAUGCAAUCAAUGUAAAUAUUUAUCUCUUAUUCAUGAAAUUGAUUCUAAUAUAUCUGUAGGCAAGAAGAAUCUUGAACAACAUUGCACUGAAGGUUGUGUGGGAACAUUUAAUAGUACCGAAAUGGACAAAAAGACGACAACAUAUGGAGGUUAUUCAAAUUUAAUUGUUGUGGUUGAACAUUUUGUAUUGAAAAUUCCCAACAACCUACCUUUGGAUAAAGUAGCUCCACUUCUUUGUGCCGGUAUUACUGUCUAUUCUGCUCUUCGUCAACAUAACGUUGGUAAAGAUACUCGAAUGGGUAUUGUUGGUUUUGGUGGAGUAGGACAUUUAGCCAUCAAAUACGGCGUAGCAAUGGGUGCUGAUGUAACGGUCUUCUCAACUUCAAAAUCGAAACGUGAUGAUGCCAUUAAAUUUGGUGCAAAACAAUUCAUUUUGUCUACAGAUUUUGAGCAAAUCAAUGCGGCUACGAAUAAAUUUGACUUAAUUAUUGAUUGCGUUUCGGCAAAACAUGAUCUUAUCCAUAUAUUGAGUACUUUAAGAUUCGGAGGUACUUUUUGCAUGAUUGGAGCACCGCCGACACCUCUUGAAGUUCCACCAUUUUCUCUAAUUCAAAAACGCUUGAAUGUAACAGGUUCUUUCAUUGGUGGAAUGAAAGAAACACAAGAAAUGCUUGAUUUUAGUGGUCAACACAAUAUAACAUGUAAGAAUAUUAUUUCUGGCUUUGUUUCAGUUAGUUUUCAUCGAAUCUAUAGACAAUCAGAAUAUGGAUAG